AACGAGUUUCGCGAGAGGUGCGGGGAGGGACCGACCACGCGCGAGCCUAAGCGAGGCGCUGCGAGGCCGGUUACCCCUCGCUCCGAGGCACCUUUAGUAACAAAUAAAUACUGGUUAUACACGGUCAUGGAGAAGUUUAUCGAAGCUGUGCGUAUGCAGCCCUGUCUAUGGAAUCCGUUGGACCCAGAUUACAGAGAGAUGCACGUGAAGGACGAAGCUUGGUCCACCGUUGUAGAGAUCUACAAUAACCGAUCUAUAGCAAAUAUUCAAGUAGCAAAAAUGGAAUGGAAAAAACUACGCGACAAUCACCGCGACGCGCUAAAGCGCGCGAAAUUAGGCAAGAACAAAUUAUUACCCGCGCAAAUCACGACUUGGAAGUACGCAAAAGCCAUGCAGUUUCUAGAACCGCACAUGAAAUAUAGAAUAACAGAAAACAUAGAAAUGGAACCAACUAAACACGAUGAUGUGUCAACUACGGACGAUUAUUCAGCGAAGCGACGUUGCAUAGAGAAAAGAAGCCUGGAAGGCGGCGCACUAGAGACGUUUUUCAAAUGCAUGUUACAGAGCACUAAAACGAUGCCAUACUGGAUGCAGACACAGGUUAAAAAGAAGAUAUUUAGCGUUAUCAUUGAGGCCGAAGAACAGCUUUCGUCUCAAGGUCAAAGUGAAGUUGCAAGUGAAUAUGAAUCAGAACAAACUAUACCUUUAGGCAUUGUUAAGGCUGAAAUACAAACUGAUAGUGACGAUUGUACUUAAAAUAAAUAUCGUAUUGUUAUAACAGCCUAAACAUCCAUAGUGAAUGUAUUAGAAAUAAGUAUGUGACGAAUACCUAAAUGAUCCUAAUCCUUGGGAUUGAUUUGCUCCAGUUCAAACAAUUUGUAUUAAAAACUUGGCGAUUGAAAAGAGUGGCGGAAAGUUUCUU